GCUGGAGGGACAAGUACAAAGAGGCUGGUGGAGCGGACGGGCCGGGCUGCGAGUGUGUGGGACAACCACGGAGCUCUCAGACUCCUUCUGCUGCCUUUAACUUGACGUUCUAACCCUAACCGGAACAUUUAGCACCUAUACCUCGACUCCGGGGACUCAGAGGAGGCGGUUCCAGUCGUGAAAGCAGAGUCUGGGACAUUCGGCGUCGGGUUGCAGGCUGCAUGGUAAUCCGGACUUGAUGCAUGGCAGUUGCAUGUCCCAAGCAGGUCUUAUUGUGGGACUGAGAACAUACAGCUGCAGCCAUGGCUCAAACCAUGCAUGUGAAUGGCAAUGGCCCAGAAAGAGGACAAAGAUGCCCAAGCACAGAAGAUGACAAGGAGUCUGUGGCCCCCUAUUAUGUUGAAACUCCCUAUGGUUAUCAACUAGACCUAGACUUCCUCAAAUAUGUCGAUGACAUUGAGAGGGGCAACACCAUUAAAAAGGUGAGCAUCCAGAGGAAGCCCAAAGUGGCCAAACCUUUGGCGGUGCCUCGGGGCAGCACUGGUGGGGGCAGCACUCAGGCUGAAUGGACCUCCACAGACUCCUUGUCCUCCUCCAACAGUGACGAUAAGCAGUCACCAGUAUUCUUCACCUCCAGGUCCCAGCUCCCCACCCCACUGACCCCCACCCUUACGAGGACAACUUGUGAGGUCCCCCCACAGCAGCAGGCCUACUCCAGCAUCACAGAGCAGAAACAGCUCUUGCCACCACCAUCACCCAGGUUUACUCCUCGUCAUAAUUCCCAGGUGGAGAAGACCCUCAUGGAGACCCGGCGACGGCUUGAACAGGAGCGUUUGCUUAUGCAGCCUCACACUGAGCCUCUGCCCCCUCGCCGUCGACUUGCCAGUUUUGGCGGCAUGGGCUCAAACAGCUCACUAUCCUCUUACUCAGGCUCCAUGGCCCCAAGCCAGGUCUCUCCUAGCAUACAUCAGCCCCUGCCCCUUAAUGGUCACCUCCCCAAUGGAGAGUACAAUCCCUACUAUCCCCCGUCAAUUGGCAGCUCCAUCCGCCAUAGCCCUAUGAGCUCUGGCAUGGCCACUCCAGUGACUAAUGUCAGCCCGUUACACCUGCAGCAAAUCCGGGAGCAGAUGGUUGUGGCCCUCAAGAGGCUUAAAGAGCUAGAAGAACAGGUGAAAACCAUUCCUAUAUUGCAGGUUAAAAUUGCUGUUCUUCAGGAAGAGAAAAGACAGUUGGCUGCGCAGUCCAAAAAUCCAGGGCUUGGUGGCUUUCGCAAGCGUUCAUACAGUGUAGGCAGUGCUGACCAAAUGGAGAAUCCUGGUCCUAUACAAAAGGAAACAGAGCUGCACAUUAUGGAGCCUGAAGCCCAGGAGCAGAGCACUCAGCGGCUUGAGGAAUUCCGGCGUCUUACUGCUGAGGUCCAAGCUCUGGAAAAGAUAACACGGGACAAUAAUGGAACCAAAAUCCAGCCUCAUAAUGUCACACAAAACCAAGCCCAACAGAAGUCCAUUGGCACAGUUACUGAUGAAAACAUGAACAGCCUUCGUGUUGCUCCAAGGAAGCUGGAUAAAGAACACUGUUUCCAGGAUGCAGCAGUAGAAACGGAUCAUCAAGAAAUGCGCAGCACUGCUGUUGCUGUGACAGAGGCCAUGCUGGGCAUGACCAGUGAAGCUGAGAAAGAGAUUGAGCUGCAGCAGCAGACCAUUGACGCACUGAAGGACAAGAUCUACCGUUUGGAGGUACAGCUGAAAGAAACAACUCACCACAUGGAGAUGGGUAAGCUGAAACUAGAGCUCCAAGCAGCUGGUGGGUCAAACAAGAAAAAAGCGGACAAAGGUUUGAUGGUCAGGCCUGAGAUGUACAGUGCCUGUGUGGAGGCCAAAGUCCAGAUGCGCAGUCAGGGAGUGGGAGAUCAUCUGGACUCCAGCAAUGCUAGCAUGGCUAAAACUCCACAAACCCACGCUGUUGGAGUGUCCUGUCAACCCAGUAUGCAGAGCGUGGCCUCAGGCCCAGAGAUCCCCAUCGAUCAGUGGGUGGUACAUGAACGUGUCAAGGUAAACCACCAGUGUGUAGGAAGGCAUGUGGAGAUGUGCCACCAGAAAAUUGGUUUGGAGCUAAAUAUUUCUGAGGCAGGAGUUAACACAGAGGAGUCAGUGGACAGUUUGGGACUGUGCAAACCCAUGACAGAAAAAAGCAAGGAGUCAAGAUCAGUCGGCUGUGGAGACUGUUCAGUUGAUGUGAUCAUUAGUCCUAUCAAGAUACUGGUGUCACAAGGAACUGAGCCAGAUUUGGUCAGAAAGGUGGACUCAGGGGUCAUGGUUGCACCUGAGUCAGCAAAUCAACACACCAACACUGAGAACCAAGUUGCCAGUAAGUCCACUAAUACAAAAGCAGUUGUCCUGACUGACUCUUUCACUGACAUGCUGUUGGUUACAUGUGACAAGCACACCAACACAGCUGUGACUGAAACCAGGACGGUCGCUGUUGGAGAGGGACUUGUCAAAGAUGUCCACUUAACAGCAAAGAUGCGUUCGAUUGCUGUGGGAACCACCACAGAUGUGGACUCAUUCCUUAGCAAAUCAAGCUCCUCCAAAACCAAAGAAUGUGGAGUGGGACCAGUCAGCAUCCAUGAAAACUUCUUGGUUGGCUUAAAAACCAGAAACAUAGCAUGUGGCCCCUCCCAGUCAGCUGAACCUGUCACAAACACAGAGACUGUGGAAAUAAAGACUGUGCCUGCAGCCCCACAGGCUCAGGCCCAGCAGGGCGCUGGACUGGACCACUACAUUGAGAGGGUGCAGAAGCUGCUGCAGGAGCAACAGAUGCUGUUAGCAGAGAACUACAGUGAGCUGGCAGAAGCUUUUGGCCAGCCCCAGUCCCAGUUUGGUUCCAUUAACAGCCAGCUGGUCAGCACGCUGUCCUCCAUCAACUCAGUCAUGAAGUAUGGAAGUGUUGAGGACAUCCUCAAACUACAGGCAGAGUCUGCCAGCGCAAACAAAGAGAGCAGUCAGCAGCUCUGCGUGCAGUCGCUAUCUCUUCGGACAGAGAGGUCACACAUAGAGAAGACUUCAUCAGGUCAGACUGCAGUAGAUGACCCAACCAACGCAAGUGCACAACGGCAGCAACAGAUCAGUGCAGCUGAGCAGAAGAGCCGGAUGGACCUGCAGAUGUCGACAGCACUACACGGGCAGCCGUGCAGUCAGAACACCCUCAAAUCCAUCAUGAAGAAGAAAGAUGGUCGGCCCGACUCCAACGGCACCAAGAAAAACCUGCAGUUUGUUGGAGUCAAUGGCGGGUAUGAGACUACAUCAAGCGACGACUCAAGUUCAGAGGACAGCAGUUCAUCCGGGUCCGAUGAAGAGGAAGAAGAGCAGGAGGAGGAGUAUGGAAAAUCAAAGGAGGGAUACAAGAACGUGGAUAGAAAGGGUACCAGGGAGGAGAUCCAGCCUGAGGGAGCCGAGGACAUGGACACGAAGGACGGAGACACAAGUUCAGAGAAACAGGAGACAAGAGAGAGGCACGAGCUGAGUGAGAAGAUGCUGGCUGCAUGCAACGUUCUCAAAUGUCACCUCAGUGACUCAAAGGCUGUGAGCAGCAAAGACCUGAGAGCCUGUCUGAACACGGUCCAACAUGAGUGGUUCCGAGUGUCCAGUCAGAAGGCUGCCAUGGCGGCCGUGGUGGAGGACUACCUAGGAGCCUUUGGGGCCGUCUCACCGGCCGUACUGCGUCAUAUUGUCAAUAUGGCAGACGGCAACGGCAAUACUGCACUGCAUUACAGUGUGUCCCACUCCAACUUCCAGGUGGUGAAGAAGCUGCUGGAUGCAGAUGUGUGUAAUGUGAACCAGCAGAACAAGGCAGGCUACACUCCCAUCAUGCUCGCUGCUCUGGCUGCUGUGGAGACGGCCAAAGAUAUGCAUAUUGUGGAGGAGCUGUUCAGCAAAGGUGACGUCAACGCCCGAGCCAGUCAGGCAGGGCAGACGGGGCUGAUGCUGGCGGUAAGUCAUGGCAGGAUGGACAUGGUUCGGGCUCUGCUGGCUCAUGGGGCCGAGGUCAACAUCCAGGAUGACGAGGGCUCCACGGCCCUGAUGUGUGCCAGUGAACAUGGACAUGUGGAGAUCGUCAAACUGUUGCUGGCUCAGCCCGGCUGUGACGCCACGCUCAGCGACAGCGAUGAGAGUAAUGCCCUGUCCAUUGCUCUGGAAGCAGGACACAAGGACAUAGCGGUGCUGCUUUAUGCACAUGUGAACUUCUCCAAAGCCCAGUCACCUGGGACCCCUCGACUCAGCAGAAAGACGUCACCUAGUCCCACCCGGAGGGGCAUGUUUGACUAGAAGAGCGAGCCCUCAGCUGCCCAUAAACCCUGUGCUGCUAUUGGUCCAUGCUGAACCAUGCCUUAACCCACAGUUUGACGUGGGAACCGCUUCCCCACCACCAACCAAUGAGAUUUCAGAAUCCGCUUUUGCGUGCGCUCAGCUCGGGUCAAGCCCAAAGUGCCCUUCGAAUAUGAAUGUAACCUGCUGGUGCCUCUCAUCCAGUCAGAAUCCUCCAAAAACCACCAGACCAACAUGCAAGUUAACACGACUCAAUGCCAUUUCUUUUUUCUUAUACUUUGACUUUUUUUUUAAUUUGACGAUUUUUUUUUUUAAUUUCUAAAGCUCGAUGUUGAUCAUUCAGGAGCACCAAUCAUGAUUUCUUAUUUGUUAAUGCAUCGUAGACCACCCAUUGAGAAGAACUACUUCCUGUAUAUACAUAUAUGACAUCUCUGUGGAUGAAUGCAUCAGUGCACAGACGUGACCUAGACUGGAGAAAUUGUACUUUUAUACAAAUCAUUUGUAUCUAUUUAAAAGAAAAAUCACAGUAUUUCGACUAUUUCCUAUUUCUACAUAACGAUCCAUGAAGUUAUAUAUUUAUCAAAGUAUAGUUUUUAAUGCAGAUCUAUGUAUUUCACUGUACAUAUGUAUGGUGGUCAGUAGAGUCUAGUUCUUCCUCUCCUUUGUGUCUCUUGACCGUUUUUCUUUUUCUCUGUCUCUGAUGUGUAAUAUAAGCUGUUUAGUCUUCAUCGAGGUACUGACUUUCAUCUGCAAAUGAAAAUUGAAGUGCCUGAGGCAAUGCCAUAUAACAAUAAACAUCCAUUAAAGUGUA